AUGUCUGCGCCUAGUGGGGAAGAUAAGGCUGCAUUUAUCAAACUUACAGGUUAUAAAGAACGCUUGUGGCGUAAACUACAAGAUUGCUAUGAGUUGACCAGGGAUUUACCACAAAAAUUAGCGCAAUUUAAAGUAAGGGUUGACCAAUUACAUAAAGUACGCGACGAUUUUGCAGAGAUUUUGGAUAGAUUAUUUAUGUUGUCCAAAAAGCACAACGAAUUUGCCACAGAUGUCGUACAGUUAGAGUCAAAUUUUGAUAGCAUUUAUUAUGAAAUUUUAGCACAUGCUAGUCAAUAUAGUAAACCGGUCAACGAAUCACCAUCAACAUCUUCCGGUCCGUCACCUGUAAAGAAGGAAUUAUCUUUACGCGAUAUUAAUUUCACGAAGUUUGACGGAUCUCCAGAAAAAUUUCCCGCAUUCCGAGCAAUGUUUGAUGCUAUGGUACAUAAUACAUCUUAUUCCGAUAUAGAAAAAUUUACCAUAUUGAUAAAUCAUUUAGAAAAUUCGGCACUAAAGCUGGCGCAAACUGUACGCUUUUCGCCAGAAAAUUAUUUGGUGAUUUACAAUCAAAUGAUAAAACGAUACACCAAUAAGCGUAUUAUUGCAAAUCAUUACUUAAGAACGAUUUUUAAUUUGAAACCUUUACGUAACAAUUCAUACGAAAGUUUGUCUGAGUUGUGCGAAUUAUUACAAACAAACGUAACGGCUCUACGAGGUAUGCAGAUACCUAAUUUAGACGAUUAUAUAUUUGUCCAAUUAUCUUUACAAUUAUUAGAUAGUAAAUCUAAGGAAGAAUUCGAAAAAAAAUAUCUAGAUACAGACUUUCCCACAUUUAAAAAUUUUAUUGAGUUCUUGAGAAGCAAGUGUUCAGUGUCACAAUUAGUAGGGUCAAGUUUAAACGUAGAUAAUACGAACGCAAAUACAUAUAACGUUGAUUACAAGAUCAAUAAUAAAAGUUUGUACAAGAAGAAACUUACUUUGGUUUCUCAGCAAGGGAGGUGCUCGAAUGAAAAUAAAAUAUCCCCACAACCUUGCAUUUUUUGCUCACAAAGCGAUCAUGGUAAGCUGACGAAGUGUACGAAGUUUAUUUCUUUACCAAUAAAAGAGCGCCAUGCCUUUGUCAAAGACAAAAAUUUGUGUUACGCUUGCUUAUAUCCCCAUAGAAUAGCACAAUGUAGGAUGAGGAUAAAAUGCAGUCAAUGUGGCAGUUCUCGUCAUAAUAGUUUGUUACAUGAUGAGGAAUUUUCUAAUAAAGGGAAUAGUUUAGAGGUAUCUGAUUCUAAAAGAGAAGUAGUUUCAAAUUCAGUAGCAUUAUCAUGCACCAUGGAACAAUCCUAUGACACUUUAUUGGGUACUGCUAGAGCAGCUAUAAAAAGUAGAACAGGUGAAUGGUUGCCUUGUCGACUGGUGUUGGACACCGGGUCACAAUCUAAUCUUAUUACCAUGUCCUUAUCCAAUCGAUUAGGUUUAAAACGUAAACGAAGCCUAUACGAAAUAACGGGAAUUGGGAAUGGUGACUUAAUUAAACCUCGUGGACAGGUCAAUUGUGAGAUAAGAUCCAUUUAUAACUCUGAAUUUAUUUUUAAUUUUGAGGCAACAAUAUUGUCACGUAUAACUUCAAAUUUACCAAAUUUAAAUUUAUCUGAUGAUAUUAAAAAGGAAUUUGAUUGUGUAAAGCUAGCGGAUCCUGACUUUAAUAUUUCAUCUCCUAUAGAUAUACUGUUAGGAAUCCAAUCAGUUCUAGACUUAACGCCAGCAGAGCCCUCAAUUAUAAGAGGUACUCCCAGUGCUUAUUUAACAUCAUUAGGUUGGGUAAUAGUAGGUAACGUGCAAAAAAAUGCAUCAAUCUCAAAAUUGGUGUCACAUACUAAAAUGGACAAAGAACCGACAAUUAACGAAAUUUUGCGAGCAUUUUGGGAAUCUGAAGAAAUAGGUCUACCUAAAGUCGUUUCACCUGAAGACCAAUUUUGUGAGUCUCAUUUUCAAACGCAUACUAAACGAAACGAUAAAGGUCAGUAUAUUGUACGUUUUCCAUUUCGUAAUGAAGGUCCCGAAUUAAGCAGUAAUAGGGAACUUGCUCUUAAUAGAUUCUACAAAUUAGAAUCUCGUUUUAAAAAAGAUAAAAAUUAUUUUUGCCUUUAUUCUGAUAACAUAAAAGAUUAUAUUGAACAAGGCCACUUAGUUCCUAGUGCUAAGAGGUCUUCAUAUAUCAUGACUCAUCAUGGGGUCUUGAAACGUAACGAGGACGAUGUUAAAAUUAGGGUGGUUUUUAAUCCUACAGAGCGAGAUACACAGGGUAGUUCUCUGAACGAUUGCCUAUUGGCGGGGCCUAAAUUACACCAAGAAAUUUCCGCAGUUAUAACGAGAUUUAGACUUAGACCGGUAGCUGUAACCUGUGAUAUUCGUCAGAUGUUUAGGUGCAUUAUUGUACAUCCCGAUGAUAGGAAAUAUUUUCAUAUAUUCUGGCGAUCUAAUCCUAACGAACCCAUAAGGGAAUGGGAGCAUACAAGAGUGAUAUUUGGAGCUACAUCAUCGCCUUUUCUUGCAAAUCGUACUAUACAAAAACUUGUGGAAGAUGAAGGCAGAUAUUACCCCAAAGCGGCACUAGCUUUAUCUCAUCAAACGUUCGUUGAUGAUAUUCUCACGGGGGCUACGAGCAAAACGGAAGCGCUCGAGUUAAAACGUCAGCUUAUAAGUCUAUUAAAAGCUGGGGGUUUCGAAUUGGGUAAAUGGUCAUCAUCAGAUCAGGGUAUUAUACAAAAUUUAGAAGGGUCUUUAGAAUUACCGAUGGGGACCAUACAAUCAGCUGUAAAAGUCUUAGGAAUGUUUUGGGAAACAAAAAAGGAUGUUUUUCAGUAUAAAAUACAAGGCAUAAACGAACCUGCAACGAAACGGGGUUUAUUAUCUAGGGUGGCACGAACGUACGAUAUUAACGGGUAUUUGAGUCCUUUUACAUUUUUGCUAAAGUCCUUAAUACAACGAUUAUGGUUAUUAAAAUUAGAAUGGGAUGAUCCCUUACCCAACGAUAUUAUGGGGAAGUGGACAGCUAUUAAAUCUGAAUUACACCUAAUUGAGAGUUUAGCUAUACCUAGAUGCAUUUAUAAAACGGAGAUUUCCUGUGCUACUUUAAUAGGAUUCUCGGACGCUAGUAAUUUAGGGAUGGCCGCAGUUUUAUACUUAAGAAUAAAAGCAAAUGGUUUCUAUUUAGUUAAUUUGGUGUCUGCUAAGACUAAGGUGGCUCCAUUAAAAUCUUGGACGAUUCCGAGACUGGAACUAGGUGCUGCGUGUCUACUGUCCAAACUAUUAAUUACCACAAUAGAGGCUUGUAAACCGCUUAUCAGCUUAACGGAUUCUAUUUGUUUAGUAGAUUCCACUACAGUAUUGGGUUGGAUAAACACGCCUCCAUAUAAAUUAAAAACCUUCAUUUCAAAUAGAGUGGUGCAAAUUCAAGACAAUGCACCUACUGCUCGUUGGAGGUAUGUACCCAGUGAACUGAACCCUGCUGAUCCGGCUAGUCGGGGUCUUACUCCAGCAGAAUUGAUAUCUUGUGAACUGUGGUGGAAAGGGCCAAGUUUUCUUUUUGAAGAGGAAAGGCAAUGGAAUUUCAAAUAUAAGUUGCCAGUUCCAUUAGCGGAAAUUAAAGACAUAUCGGAAACAUUAUUAAUAACGAAAAUUGAUUAUAGUCCCUUUAACAAAAUUUUGGAUAAAUUCUCGUCUCUUUUAAAGGUUCAACGUAUUUUUGGAUAUGUCAUUAGAUUUUGUAAAAAUUGGAUAGAAAAAAGGCGUAAUAUAUCUAAAACAAAUUGGUUAGUUGGUCCCCUUAAGGCAUCCGAGUAUCAAAACGGCUUACUUCUAGCAAUACGCAUAACGCAAGUCACAUAUUUGUCUAACGAAAUAGAUUUAAUAAAACGGGGUUUGGCGUGUACUAAGAAAGUAAGAUUGCUUUCUCCCUUCCUUUCUGAAGAGGGUUAUUUAAUGGUGGGGGGGCGUUUGAGGCAUUCUCAACUUUCCGUACGACAAAAGCAUCCAUACCUGAUUCCAAGCGAUAGUAGGCUGGCGACAUUAAUCUGUGAUCACUUUCAUAUUUGGUCUGGUCACGGAGGGCCACGAUUAGUACAUUCUUUGAUUAUUCGCCACUUCUGGAUUCCAAGCUUGAGAGUAUUAAUACGAAAGCGAAUUUUUCGAUGUUUAACAUGCUACCGUUUUGCUGCGGAACCAAUUCAGCCACCGAUGGGGGAUCUUCCUGCAUAUCGUUUGGAUCCAGGGAGAUGUUUUUCUCACACAGGGCUAGAUUAUGCAGGACCAUUUGAGGUAAAAAUUUCUAAAUUAAGAAACGAACGAUAUCAAAAAUGUUACAUUGCGUUAUUUAUAUGUAUGGUUUCAAGAGCUAUACAUUUAGAAAUUGUGACUUCUUUAACUACCGAGGCUUGUUUGUCAGCUCUAGACCGAUUUACUGCUAGGCGAGGCCUUCCAGGUCAUUUAUAUAGUGACCAGGGCUCUAACUUUAGGGGUGCAGCAAGAGAAAUUUCCGAACUUACAAAAUUUUUUGAUGAAUCAAAUACUGAAAUUUCUCAUUAUUUGUCCUCUCGUAACAUUACAUGGAAACAUAAUCCACCUUAUGCACCUCAUAUGGGCGGAUUGUGGGAAGCGGGUGUUAAAUCAUUUAAAUAUCACCUCAAACGCAUAGUAGGUAACGCUAGGUUACACUUAGAGCAAUUUUUGACUACCGUUGCCCGUAUAGAGGCAAUUUUAAAUUCUAGACCGUUCUGUAACUUAUCUUCCUCGCCAGAUGACGACUUAGAUCCUUUAACACCAGGUCAUUUCUUGAUUGGUGGACCAUUAUUGGCUCGCGUUGAAGUAAAUAUCACAAAUAUUCCCCAAAAUCGUUUAUCACAGUGGCAACUAUCACAGCAAUUGGUACAAUCUUUUUGGAAACGUUGGUCUAAUGAGUAUAUACAAUCACUUCAGAAAAGACCAAAGUGGACCCAAUCUUCUCCACAAAUAAAAGAAGGAGAUUUGGUAUUAUGGUAUCAUCCGGACGCUCCACCUACUCAUUGGCCUAUUGGCAGAAUUAUCAAAUUAAUAUUUGGAGCGGACGGAAUUGCUAGAGUUGCAAAGAUUCGAACUUCUACGGGUGAAAUUCAACGCCCUUUAAAUAAGGUGGCGAUUUUGCCACCACCUUAG